UCCAUUUUAUCAGCGAACAAGUUAACAUCGUGGCGUAAUAAUUUUUCGACUCAUUUUUUUUAAAUUCACUUUAAAACGGUUUCGUGUGUAAUUUCUUUCUUAUGAACUUGUGAUUUGAACUGUUUAACAAUGAAAUUAAUGAUCGUUGUUUUGUUGGCAGUGAAUUUGAUGGUGUCUGCCGAUGUGACGAGUGAUGAUAAAGUUGCAAAGGGAAAACGAGAGGCUCCGAUGGCUGAACCAUCGACAGAUUAUUUACCACCACGCUUGGAAGCGCCUUAUGCAACAUUUCAGCCAAUAACUGUGGGCACUAGUGCCGCUCCUCAACCUUCAUAUUUUCAACAAACUACAUUCAAUCAGCAACCAUCGUUCAAUGACCAAUCAUCGUUUAAUCAACGACCAUCGUUUAAUCAACAAUCAUCGUUUGAUCAACCUCCGGCCGGAUCGCCAGCACCCGCUCCAGCCUACGAAUACAGUCGUUUUGCGGGCGUUAUUCCUUUGCAAGGUGUCGACAAUAACGAACUUGGCAACGGAAUAAAUCAAGAAUCAUACAAUGCUAAUCCUGGCCCACCAUAUUACAAUAAUAUUUAUGGUGUGAGUGGUGCUUAUACCGAGGGAAAUAAUUACGGUGGAGCCAGUUCAUAUGGCAGUUUCAUUAAAUACGGCGAAGGUAAUCAGGUCAGAACCAACUACGGAUCAUACAAUGGAUUGGGUCAGAGUUUGAAUGUAUACGGAGGAAAUCAAUUCGGAAAUAAUGAUGGAAACUUUGACCAAUAUUCAACCAUUAAAAAUAGUCAAUUUGGCAACUCAGGUGCCAAUUUCGAUCAAAAUUCAUUCGUUGGAAAUCAAGCAAAUAGAUAUCCAUCAUCGGCAUCGCUACGAUCAAAUCAACCACCAUCUUAUGCUGCGGGUGUUAAAGGUUUGAGUCAUUAUUCGCAGCCAGUAUCCAAUCUAAAUACUCAACCGUUGAAAAACAGUCGACCAGUCGCUUUGCAACCGGCUCAUUUGCAACGCAAACCAAAUUCAUUUUUACAAGAGCCAAAAAAUCCGAACUUUCGUCCAUCAUUCUUUUUGGGAUCGCAGGUGUUGACCUCAACACCUGAAUACAGUCAACCAACCUUGAACUCACUUGGUACAACCAAUCAAUAUAUUCCACCAACGCAACCAAUUCCCGAGCAUCUUAUUGCACAGCCCAUUUCCGAACAAUAUGGCCAACCGAUUGUUGGACAAUACGUGCAAGCCGUGCCGGCGCAAUAUACAGCGCCUCAAUCUUUGGGCGAAUUGCCACUAACACAAAGAGAGUAUUUGCCUCCAUCGUCACCAAAUUUUGUGAAUAGUUAUCAAGCAUCUGGACAAUCGGGUUACGGAUUGCCUGAAACAAUUAUCUACACAAAGUCAUCGCUGUAUGGAGAACGGUACGGUCAAGCACCAUAAACUACUGCAUUUGGUCAUAGAUAAAGAAAUGAUAUUGUUUGUCGCCAUUUAAAUCACUUUGAGCAUGAAUCUUAUUUAUUGUAUUGUUUUAACGUAUAAAUUAAGUCUCUGAAAUUAUGAGCGAAAAAUAAAUGUACAAAAAUCAAUGUGAAUUUCAGAUGCCGUGAGGCAUGGUUUAUU